ACUGUAUCUCAUCUGCACUUUAUAGAUGUCUCGGGCAGCCCGUCCAUGACAAUGCCUGCCGUUGGAGACCAACACAAGCCCAAUGGCUCUGCCACCGCGAAUCCCUUUGAAGAACCGAAACAGAGAAUCAGUGAAUUCACGGCCCAAGAAAUCGCCACACUGCAGAGCCGACUAGACAAACAAUUAGGUCCAGAAUAUAUCUCGCACCGGCCGGGGCCAGGUGGCCAGAAAGUUCAUUACCUCUCUGCGGACAAGUUGAUCAACCUCGCGAACGAAGUCUUCGGCUUCAACGGCUGGAGCAGCUCGAUUCAGAACAUACAGAUCGAUUUCGUCGAUGAGAACACGCAGACGGGCAAGAUAUCUCUCGGCCUCUCUGUGGUUGUGCGAGUCACACUCAAGGACGGGACACAUCACGAAGACAUUGGCUACGGACAGGUUGACAAUGCAAGAGGAAAAGCAGCUGCGUUUGAAAAGGCCAAGAAAGAGGGCACGACCGAUGCUCUGAAGCGAGCGUUGCGAAAUUUUGGUAACCUCCUUGGGAACUGUGUCUACGAUAAGGCCUAUCUCGCCAAGGUUACGAAACUGAAAGUUGGAACUGCGAAAUGGGAUCCGGAUACUUUACAUCGGCACCCGGAUUUCGCGCCCAAGAAACAAGAAAGUGUGGCGAAACCGAUAUUGUCCGAGCCAGCCAAAGAGACGGCUUCGGAAUUUGACGACACUUUCGACUGUGAGGAUUUCGAGUUGGAAGACUUUGAUGCCAUCGACACGGUUCAUCAGGAAGAGGUGGCUUUGUCGACGGAAUCAACAGACAGAAUGCGGAGGCCCGCCAAUGGCACCUCGGACCGCAUGCUUCCACCGCCCAGGGCUGAGCUGUCGACACCAUCGAAAGCACCAGCCCCAAACGUACGGCCAGCACCCGGAAGACCUGCUACGAACUCGUCGAAGGGCAUAGUUCCCCAGCCUCUGCCCGGCCAGCGUCCUCCUCCAGCUCCGCCCCAGCCAACCAGACAACCCAUCGGUACCGACGCACGGAAUGCUGCCGAACAGACACUUCGAUCCUUUUCUCCCAAUGUGGCGCCCGAGCAUAUCGCCCAGCAGGCAUCAUAUGAGAAUACCCGGCCGUCAGGCUUCUACUCCGCCAAAGCAGCUCCCAACAUCGAUGCCAAUAACAACUUCAUCCUUGCCGAUGCAGCUGCCGCCCCAAAGUUCAAUCCCCAUGCCGAAAGUCCCUCCAUACGCAAGACUUCUGGGGUGGAUCACACCAAAUCUGUUCCAUUAAAACGCGAUCUGAAACCCGACACGAACAAUGCCACGAACGUCAUCAAUCCUCAACUCGAGCCGAGCCGGAGGGUUGGAGCUCCAAGUCCAGGCGCUCAGCAGCCAAGUGUAGUACGAGGACCUACCACUUCGGCAUAUCGACCCCCGACGCGACGUGGACCCGACGCCGCCCCUCUGCCCUGGAACCAGACAGAUCAAGGUACAGCGGACACAGGACAGCAAGUGGCCAAGCGGACACCUCUAGGAGACUUGAGCAAUGUGCAGCAUAAUGUCACAGCAAUUACUUUGGACGGCGCCGAUGCGAAACGACAAAGGAUACAGGACUCGGGACAGAACGGCACAGAUGGUGCGGCAGGCGAGACCAAAGCUGGCAACUAGACGUGUAGCCGAUCAUGACGACUCAAAUGGAGUAUGGAGUAGUUUUGAUGUUGCGAAGUCCUCGCCAAAGAAACAUGGCUCUAUUUCUAGAAGUGUUUUGCAUGUUGUUUUUUUUUUUGAAACAGCCAUGGUAUUUGCCAUCUGCCAUGAUUGAAUGCCGAGUGCUGAGAUACCAAAUGCUCCAGAGGCAUAGAGAUGAAUACUGAAUGAACCUUGUCCUCGUCCCUUUCAAAUACUCUCACCGCCAGCCAUGUUAUGUCGGUUAUGCACAAGCCCAGAUUAUG